ACAGACCUUAGAACAGAACGAAGUCAUGGAUUACUUGAGCUUGAUGCUAUGUCUUCUACUAGCAUGGGCAGCAAUCCACCUCCUCCUUUCAAAUGUUCAGAACGUCGAUGAAUCAAAUCCAACACGACUACCACCCGGUCCUCCUACUCUGCCUAUCUUCGGUAACCUCUUUAGCCUCGGCGCGAAACCACACAUCUCCUUGACUCAACUUGCCAAGACUUAUGGCCCUAUCAUGGUACUGCAGCUCGGCCAAGUGCCAACUGUGAUCAUUUCAUCGUCUGUCAUGGCCAGAGAAGUGCUUCAAAAGAAUGAUAUUUUGUUCGCUAAUAGGCCGAUCAUUGAUGCUUCUCUAGCACUAGAUCACCAACAAAAUUCAGUGAUUUGGUUGCCAGUAUCAACUCAAUGGAGAAACCUCCGUAAUUGUAACUCUGAAGUUUUUUCUACACGUAAACUUGAUACGAGCCAAUGUCUUAGACGAGAAAAAGUAAGCAAUCUGAUAGACUAUGUUAAGAAACAAAGUAAAGCGGGUUUGGCAGUAAAUAUUGGACAAGUAGCAUUUACAACCACAAUGAAUUUGUUAUCAAAUACUUUCUUUUCAGUGGAUAUAGGUGAUACUAAUUCUGAAAAUGGUGGCGAAUUUCGAGAGACUGUACGAGGUAUAAUGGAAGAAUUGGGAAAUCCCAACAUUGCUGAUUAUUUUCCUGUAUUGAAGAAGAUAGACCCACAACGCAUCAGACGGCGUACAACUGUACACUUUGAGAAGAUAAUUGAUCUAUUCAACACCAUUAUUCAGCAACCGUUGCAGGACAACAGACAACCAGCAAGAUCAGCUCAAGGUGAUGAUGUUCUGGAUGCUUUACUAGAAAUCAAUCAAACAAAACCAGAGGAGAUGGAAUUAUCGACGCUUCCUCAUCUAUUAAUGGACCUCUUUGGUGAAGGAACUGAUACAACAUCAACUACGCUAGAAUGGGCAAUGACAGAAUUACUUCGCAACCCGGAAAAGCUAAAGAAGGCACAAGCAGAGCUCCAUGAAAUCAUAGGAAAAGGUAACUCAGUUGAAGAACAAGACAUAAUGCGGCUCCCAUAUUUGCAAGCCAUUGUGAAAGAAACCUUCAGACUGCACCCAGCAGCACCCUUUCUGGACAAUGGGUCACCACCCAAGAGGUCAUUGAUGAGCUCAACCGCGUCAAGGCGAGAUGGCGAUAUUGAAAGAAAGUUAUGUCGCGUCCUGUAUGGAAAUCAAAGCCUGAAAUCUGCUCAAAAGUCCAAAGGCUCUAAGCGCCGCAACAUAGACGACGCCGUCAUCGAGCAUGACGCCGUCAUCGGGCAUGACGCCGUCAUCGGGCGUGACGCCGAUAUCGAGCAGCGUCUUCAGCGACUAGAAGACAUGAUCGCCAAAAUCCCCGGCGUCCCUCGUCCUAUGGAGAAAGCGACGCCAGGCAGCUAUGCGGACUCACCUUUUGCUGAUUUUAUUGCCAUGGUCGAGGUUCCAAAGCGGUUCUCCGUCCAACCAUGA